GUUAUCAGAGCGCGUCUCCGGCUAUCAGAGCGCGUCCCCGGCUGUCAGUGCGCGUUUGGAGUUACAGCAGAAGACCCCUGUGUUGGAUUUACAGCCGUAUUUACAGAAAGACAGACACAAGCUCAUGUCUGUUAAUCCUGGGAUUUUACUGUUGACACGAUUCACCGCGCGAGAUUAGAGGAAAUAAUGGACUUAAAUAUGGAGAUUAAAUCCACUGAGCUUCAUGAUGGAGUUUAUUUUGUUCAUUACGUUCUUCCUGUAUGAUCAUCAGUGCUGAAACCUACAGACACCUUUAUUUACUCCAGAAGUUCUUCAUCUACUGAAUCACCUUUUUACUGAAACUGUCACUCAGACCAAUAAACCUACGGAGUUACAGUGAUAUUUACAAUAUUAUAGAGAAGUCAUGUGUCACGUGACGACCUUCUAUUUUUAACACGUGAAAUGUGACACUGUAAAAAAAGUCAUCAUAACCUCCUGUCUGUUAUUUUAAUCUGAAUAAUAAUAAUAAUAAUAAUAAUAAUAAUAAUAAUAAUAAUAAUAAUAAAAAGCAGUAGAAAUUAAAACUUAAAUUUGGUUCAUGGUUGUUGACAGUGAGAAACUUUACAGAUCAUAGUUAGAGAAAUAAAUCUCUACUCUGUGAAUAAGAGCAGCUCCGGACGCUGUGUGUUGGAGAGCUGAUUUUUCUGAUUUACUGAUUUGUGAAUGCAGAAGUGAUGAUGAUGAUGAUGAUGAUGAUGACGGGACUUCCUGUAACAAUGCUGCUGAUCAGCUGUGGCUUUAGCUUUAGCACUGAACCUGCACAGAAGGAGAACCCAAGCAUAACAGAUGUGUGUGAGCAGGUGAUUCCUCCAUGUGUGACAGAGGCGGAUCGUUACAGCCUGGAGGCACUACGUCACAUCCACCAGGAAAUGGAUGACGAUCAGGAUGGAGGGAUCGAGGUGGAGGAGAGUGUGGAGUUCAUUAUUGAGGACAUGCAGCAGCAGCAGCAGACGAAUAAACACAGUAAACUACACAGAGAGGAUCAGCACAUCACUGUGGAGGAGCUCUGGAGAGGUUGGAAGUCCUCAGAAGUUCAUAACUGGACACAGGAGGAUGUGCUGCAGUGGCUGCGAGAGUUUGUGGAGUUGCCACAAUAUGAGAAGAGCUUUAAAGAGUUACGCGUCAGUGGAAACACACUGCCCAGGAUUGCAUCCAAUGAGCCAUCAUUCAUGAGCACCUACCUGAAGAUCCAGGACCAGCAGCACAAACACAAGCUGAAGCUCAAGGCACUAGAUGUUGUGCUGUUUGGACCACCUACAAGACCACCACACAACUGGAUGAAAGACCUGCUGCUCAUUGUGUCAGUAGUGAUGGGGUUGGGUGGGUGCUGGUUUGCUCAGGUGCAGAACAAAGCAUCAAAGGAGCAUAUUUCCAAAAUGAUGAAGGAUCUGGAGAGCCUACAGAGAGCUGAGAAGAGUCUCCGAGACAUGCAGGAGCAGCUGGAGCAGGCCCAGGAGGAGAAGCGUACAGUAGCAGUGGAGAAGCAGUUUUUAGAGGAGAAAAUGAGGGACGAGAUCCAGGGAGCUCAAGAAGAGGCAAACCGGCUCCAGCAGCUUCGCAAGGGUGCCGUUACUGAACUUAGUCGGCUGAGAUAUGCCGAGGAAGAACUUGAACAGAUUCGAGGGGCUUUGAAGAAGACGGAGCAGGACAUGCAGGCUAGCUGGUCAGUGCCUGAGUCUCUACAGCUGUGGCUUCAACUCACACACGAGGUGGAGAUGCAGUACUACAAUGUCAAAAAGCAGAGUGCCGAACAGCAGUUGGCCACUGCUAAAUAUGAGGCAGAGAAAAUUAAGAAGAAGAGAAGUUCUGUAUUUGGUACCCUCCAUGUGGCUCACAGUUCCUCUUUAGAUCAAGUGGAUCACAAGAUCUUACAGGCCAAAAACUCCCUAACGGAAGUGACGGCAUAUUUGCAAGAACGCCUUCACAGGUGGCAGCAGAUUGAGUUGUUGUGUGGAUUUGCCAUUAUGAACAAUGUUGGACUGCCAAACCUCACUGCCACCUUGUAUCCUGAACCCAAAUGGAUGGUCUUGUCAAGAGCCACCGUGUCAUCCUACCAAAUGCCUGUAGGCAUUGAGGACAUGGAGGAUGACAUGCCUUCCAUGAUGCCACAAAAAAUUCCUGUUACAGUUUCUCCACUGAAGCUUUCUCCUCGAGCGCUGGUCCGUUCUCGUCGAACUGGUCAUAUCGUCCAGCCACCUGUUAUUCUGUCACCUGAUCCCGAUCUUCUAAUCCCGAUUCGGCCUCCACUCCCUCGGUAUGGUGAAGAGGAAGGAGAAGGAAUCAUUUUCCCUUCUAUAGUGAAACAAGAGUGUCUUGAGACAGUCUCAGAUCCUGAUCCCAUUGGAUCCCCUGUUGGAAAAAAGUACACCGGGCCUGGAUUGGAUACUUCACAUCGAAAACCAUACCGUGACAGCUUGGACCGUUUCUCUGAUAGUGUCACAAGUAAGAUUCAACUUGAUGGACAAGAGAACAGCCCUUUACGCAAAAUAUCACGAGAAGAACUUGGGCUUCAUCUAAGGGGUGAUUGUAGAAAGGUUUCACGUGAAGAAUUUCAAGUUGAAACCCAAACAAGGAAGAUAUCAAGGGAGGAACAUAAGGUGUCUGCUGAAGCUUUAGUGAGUCCUGUGAGUACAAAGAUAACUGAUGUUCCUGAUGAUUUCAAGAAGAUUCCAAGAAGUUUACCAAUAGAUUUUAGUUAUUCCUCUAUUAAACCGUCCAUCAAGGAGAAAUUAGAUUCCCCUAUGGAACCUUACCUUGGAAUAAAAUACAUGGAUGAUGCUGAGGUAAAUGUGGGCAGUCUGCGAGGAAAGAUGUUUAAAGAAAGGAAGGAUCCCUCAGAUGAGAUCCUGUUGAAAAUGAUCCAAAAAGAUGAAUGUGAAACAUAUACUGGAGACACAGGUCAAUAUUUUGAUGUAAAUAUAGACAGUGCUUCACGAUUAAUGCUUAGAGAGGAAACUCAAAAGGGGCAUAACCUGUUAGCAGACAAACCCUUAGACUCUCGAUCUACGAGUCCUUUCAGAGAUGAACAUGAUUACUCCGUCACAGUGGAAGGACAGAGAGUAAAGCUCAGAGAAAGUGAAGAGCUGCCCAAAGAACAAUUUUGCAGAAAGGUGCUCAGAGAUGAUAAAGGUCUGCUCAUGAACAAGAGAAGGCUGUUUCGACGUGUUUCCACAGAUAGUACAUUUAGUAAAAAGGCAGGAGAUUUGGAUGCUUCCGUGGAAAACCAGCGAACAAUGUCUUUAAGAGAGAGAAAGGACAAUGCUCUAUCCAUGAAGCUCUGUAGACAUGAACAUGAUGUUGUCACAGAGAGACAAAAACUCUUUCAGGACAUCAGGCUAGACAAUACUUUGGACACAGCCAUAGAUAAACUCCAGAGAGAUGUGGUAGAUGUGCCUGUGGAGACUGUCAGACCAAAGAUAUCCAGAGAGAAAUUUCUAUCUUCAGACCCAGGUCACUUUAGCCAACCUGACCUGACAAUCGGCUCCUUAAUGCUCUGGACCCCACCCUCAGACCCCCUUAGCCAGCUAGUGUAUGAUGGUAUUUUAGAGAAGUCGUAUCAGAACCCUCUAAAUGUGAUGAGUCCUGGAGAUCUCAGCCUUCCUGCCUCGCUGCCCUCAACAUCCACCUCUUCUCAAAGCCUUGUGAGCAGCGAUGGUUCUGCCAGCAGUUCUACACAAUCAGGCAAUCUUUCACCAGCAGAAUCCUACAGUGGAAAGAAAGGCAAGAAAUCCUUAAAGCUCAAGAAUCUGUUCAGGAAAAAGAAAGAUAAGGAGAAAGAUAAAGACACAAAACAGGAACAUCCACAAGGAGGUUUACAGAAGCUUGGAAAAAGUGUCUUCAGCCACAAGCCUGAAUUCACGACCCGCAAGGUGACAAAAAAUGUUCCACUGGCUCUGACCAAUCGUCACAGUUUAACCGCAACCAAUCAGCUGCUAGAUAGCAGGCGAUAUUUUCCACUGACGUGGACCAAUCAGAUUAAAGAGCAUGAAAGAGCUUCAGCAGCACGAGCCGCUCAGCACCAGAGUCUGAGAUGGAGACAUCAAGAGUCGCUCUCAUCGCUCUCGUGUGUGUUGUGUUCUCCAGUCAGAAGAGGAUCUCUGGAGCAGAAGUGGAGAUGAGAGUCAGACCAGGAGACGACGUCACUCUCUACUGUGACUGUGUUUGGAAAGUUGGAUUUUAUCCGGUGUGGUUUAGAAACUGCUCAGAAGAAGAUCAUCCUCCUUUUAUCAUCUCAUCUACCGAAUUGAUUCUUGGUGAUUUUCCACGUUAUUCGAUUGUGUUGAACAAUUCCACCAACACACACAAUCUGCUGAUUAAAAACAUCACAGAAUCAGAUCAGGGCCUGUACUACUGCGCUCUGAGUGAGAAGAAGGUUACGGACUAUAAAAAUGGUCCAAUACGCAGCAGUGACGUUUAUCACUAUGGAAACAAAUCAACUCGACUCUCUGUACUCUCAGAACCCUGUCACAGUGUAUCAGAGGAGAGUGUAAGCUGUGUAAGCUGGAGUCUGGUGUUCAGUGUGUGUGUUGUGUGUGUUCUCCUCUCCUCACUCCUCUCCUCCAUCUGUGUGUACUGCGUCUGCACAAACACCACUAAAGCGAGAGUCAAAGCUGAUCUGACAGGAAGUGACAAAAGGACGACUCUGAGACGUGAAGAAGUCGGAGAUGAUGAUGUUUGUUACGCCUCACUGGACACCCAGAAGCUCGAGAGGAAGAAGAUGAAGAGGAAGAAGAGAAUUCAGCACUCUGAUUUCAGCACAUACUCAGAGGUCAGAACUGAGAGAACUGAGAGAUUCUGAGGAGGCGUUAAUGAGUUCUGAACUUUCUGU